AUGUCAAAAAGAAAGGAUAGCAAAAAGGAAGUAGAUGGUGAGAAAGUUGUUUUUGAAUAUAUGCAGAAACAAAACCGCCCUUAUAAUGCUAAAAUAGUAUCUGAAAAUUUGCAUGGAGAUGUAAAAUUAGCUGAAGUUACAAGGAUAUUAGAAGAACUAAGUCAAAAGGGGGAUCUUAUUGAGAAAGUUAAUGGAAAACAAAAGAUUUAUUGGUACAACCAAUCAAAAUUAACUAACAUCACACCAGAAGUUAUUAGAGAAUUAGAAACUAAAAGACAAGAACUAAAGGUCACUCUUUCCACAACUAAAGAAGAGUUAAUGUUAGAAGAAAAAACAAACAAAAUACUUUCAUCACAACUAUCAAAUGAAGAGUUAGAAAAACAGUUAAAACAACUUUCAGAAGAAGUUAGUAAGUUAGAAGAGAAAUACAAGCAAUUUAAGGACCAAAAAAUAACUAUUGACCCUAAAGAAAAAGCAAAGUUAUUAAAAGAUAAUGACUUUUUUGUUAAAGAAUGGAAAAAAAGAAAAAGAAUAUGUAAAGAUGCGUCAGAGCUACUUACUGAGUCAUCAGGAAUGAAAAUCAGUAAAUUAUAUGAAAAUCUUGGAAUUGAAACUGAUGAGCAAAAUGGAUUUACACUUGAUAAACUUAUUGAUUAUCAACCAAAAAGGUCAUUAGAGCCAAGUAGAGGUAAAAACAAGAAAUGA